ACGGCCUGCGACGUCACCGCGAGGCCGGUACUCAGCGGCGUGCACGUGCACGAAGUGUGUGCGUGCGCGCGCGCGUGUCUGAGGGGUUGUUGAGGAGCCGCGGCUGAACCGGAGACAUAAAGCUACGACUCCACAGCGCGACAGGCGUCUCCUCUGAGUUUAACACGAUGCGAAGUUUGUUCUCAGUGACGCUGCUGCUGCUCCUGGCUCUCACGCUCGCCGUCGAGGCCAACAAACGAGCCAAACAUCACAAAGGUGGGAAACCUGAUAAAUCCCGACCGGCCUCUGAAUGCACCGCGGCAGAGACCCGGUACGGGAAAUGUGUACCGGAUCACGGAGACUGUGGAGACGGACUGAGGGAGGCGACGUGCAAAGAUCGUACCGACAAGAUCAACUGCAGGAUCCCCUGCAACUGGAAGAAGGACAUCAGCGACUGUAAGUACAAGUUCGGAGCGUGGAGUUCCUGCGACACCGGGUCCAACACCAAGAGCCGGUCAGGAACGCUGAAGAGGGCUCUGUUCAACGCCGACUGCCAGAGCACCGUCAAGGUGUCCAAGCCCUGCUCCCACAAACCCAAGAAGACCAGAGGGGAGAAGAAAUCAAACUGAAGAAGGGAGAGUGGACCAGAAGACGACAGGAUUUCUCCUCCUCCGCCAGCUGAACAAUCGUCUUCCGUUCUUCAAAUUUAAAACCAGAGACUCCAAAACAGACUUCCUGUCCUCAAACUGACCCGUCCGACUCGCUGACUCCUGCUCUGAUUUGAUGUUCUCCUGUUUUCCUUGGAUUUAAGCUUUAGCUGAUCAGAAUAACCUUCGUUCAGUAGCUGGUAGUUUAAUGCUCCUCCCUGUAGUUUUAAAAGUUUUUAGGGGAAAAGUUGAUCCGGCAGAUCAUCCACAGUUUGAUGCUUCAACAUCUGAACUGAGGGAAAGUUUAUUUUUGGAAUUACAGAUUAUUGAUAAGACUUGUACAAAUGAACAAAUAAAUGCUGUACAUUGUUUUGGUGAAAA